CUCGCUCCAUUUGGCUGAUUUCUCACCGCGUUCCCAGAGAAUAUUGCAAUUAAGGUCCCUAUAGAUGGAAUAUAAUACAUCUGAAGGCUUUUCAUCCAAAAGAUUAAUGCCUGCAUUAUUAGUUCUGCAAUAAAACAGAGCAUUAAGUGGUGGAGCCCGCAGACUGCUCAAACCUGGAGUCCACAACUCUGCUCUAAGGGCUGGAGUUUUUAAUUCCUCAGCUGUAGGAAAGCCUUCGCCAAUGCUUACAAGGAACUGUUUAUCCCUGCUUCUCUGGGUCCUGUUUGAUGGAGGUCUCCUAACACCACUGCAACCCCAGCCACGACAGACUUUAGUUACCGAACCAAGAGAAAAUGAUAUUCACCUGCCAGGGCGGACAUCGCAUUUACACCGAGUUAAACGUGGCUGGGUAUGGAAUCAAUUUUUUGUGCUGGAGGAAUACAUGGGCUCCGAACCUCAAUAUGUGGGAAAGCUCCAUUCUGACUUAGACAAGGGAGAAGGCACUGUCAAGUACACCCUCUCAGGAGAUGGCGCUGGCACAGUUUUCACCAUUGAUGAGACCACAGGGGACAUUCAUGCAAUAAGGAGCCUGGACCGAGAAGAAAAGCCUUUUUAUACUCUUCGUGCUCAGGCAGUGGACAUAGAGACCAGAAAGCCCCUGGAGCCUGAAUCAGAAUUCAUCAUCAAAGUGCAGGAUAUUAAUGAUAAUGAGCCAAAGUUUCUGGAUGGACCUUAUGUUGCUAGUGUUCCAGAAAUGUCUCCUGUGGGUGCUUAUGUGCUCCAAGUCAAGGCCACAGAUGCAGAUGACCCGACAUAUGGAAACAGCGCUAGAGUUGUUUACAGCAUUCUUCAGGGACAACCUUAUUUCUCUAUUGAUCCCAAGACAGGUGUUAUUAGAACAGCAUUGCCAAACAUGGACCGGGAAGUCAAAGAACAGUACCAAGUCCUUAUUCAAGCCAAGGACAUGGGUGGACAGCUGGGAGGGCUGGCCGGAACCACCAUAGUGAACAUCACCCUCACAGAUGUCAAUGACAACCCACCUCGGUUCCCCAAAAGCAUCUUCCACCUGAAAGUCCCUGAGUCCUCUCCAGUUGGCUCAGCAAUUGGGAGAAUAAGAGCUGUGGAUCCUGAUUUUGGACAGAAUGCAGAAAUCGAAUACAAUAUUGUUCCAGGAGAUGGAGGAAAUUUGUUUGAUAUCGUGACUGAUGAGGAUACGCAAGAAGGAGUCAUCAAGUUGAAAAAGCCAUUGGAUUUCGAGACAAAGAAGGCUUAUACAUUUAAAGUGGAAGCGUCCAACCUUCACCUUGACCACCGCUUUCACUCUGCUGGCCCGUUUAAGGACACGGCCACCGUGAAGAUCAGUGUGUUGGAUGUGGACGAGCCACCAGUUUUCAGCAAGCCCCUGUACACCAUGGAGGUCUAUGAAGACACUCCAGUGGGGACCAUCAUUGGGGCUGUCACUGCCCAAGACCUGGAUGUGGGCAGCAGCGCUGUUAGGUACUUCAUAGACUGGAAGAGUGAUGGGGACAGCUACUUCACAAUAGAUGGAACUGAAGGAACCAUCGCCACUAAUGAAUUACUAGACAGAGAAAGCACUGCCCAGUAUAAUUUCUCCAUAAUUGCGAGUAAAGUUAGCAACCCGUUGUUAACUAGCCAAGUCAACAUAUUGAUUAAUGUCCUAGAUGUCAAUGAAUUUCCUCCAGAGUUAUCUGUGCCAUACGAGACAGCUGUAUGUGAAAAUGCCAAAGUAGGACAGAUCAUUCAGACAGUGAGUGCCGCUGACAGGGAUCUUUCGCCUGCUGGGCAGCAAUUCUCCUUUAGAUUAUCACCCGAAGCUGCCAUCAAACCAAAUUUUACUGUUCGUGACUUCAGAAACAACACAGCUGGAAUUGAAGCAAGAAAAAAUGGAUACAGCCGCAGGCAACAAGAGUUGUAUUUUCUCCCCGUUGUAAUAGAAGACAGCAGUUACCCUGUCCAGAGCAGCACAAAUACAAUGACUAUACGAGUUUGUAGAUGUGACUCUGAUGGUACCAUCCUGUCUUGUAAUGUGGAAGCAAUUUUUCUACCUGUUGGACUUAGCACCGGUGCUCUGAUUGCAAUCCUACUGUGCAUAGUUAUACUCUUAGCCAUCGUGGUGCUGUACGUAGCCCUGCGAAGGCAAAAGAAGAAAGAUACCCUGAUGACGUCCAAGGAAGAUAUCAGAGACAACGUGAUCCACUACGACGAUGAAGGCGGUGGGGAAGAGGACACGCAGGCCUUUGACAUCGGUGCUCUGAGAAAUCCCAAAGUCAUUGAAGAUAACAAAAUCCGCAGGGAUAUAAAACCAGACCCUCUCUGUUUACCUCGCCAGAGACCCCCCGUGGAAGACAACACAGACAUAAGGGAUUUCAUUAAUCAAAGGCUGCAGGAUCAUGAUGUGGACCCCAGCGCACCUCCCUAUGAUUCCUUGGCCACCUACGCCUAUGAGGGGAACGGGUCAAUCGCAGAGUCCCUGAGCUCCAUAGACUCCCUCACCACAGAGGCUGACCAGGACUAUGACUAUCUCACAGACUGGGGACCCCGUUUUCAAGUCUUGGCAGACCUGUUCGGAGAAGAAGAGAAUUCUAACCCUGACAAGUUGUAUCCAGUACACUCUGCUGUGAUGGCACUGCAGAAUUCAGAGAACGGGAAGACGUAUAACCAAGACACAACCUUUACGCCAAGACGCAAUAGCAACUUGCUAAUGUGCUUACAUCUAAUUUUUUUCUUUGGAAGGAAAAAACAAAAAAAAAAUACUUUCUGAACUCUGUCUCCUAAGACUUCAUUUUUUUUCUUUCUUAAACUGUAUAUGAAACCAUAUUUGUUUCCUACCCUUUCAAGAUAUUCAAAUAAAUGUGACGUUAUCAAAUCCAACAUGUAAUCCCAAUUUUCCAAACGAUGUUUGAUCUUAAUAUUACUUCAUAUUUUAAAUGUUCAUUAAAGAUGUGACAUUUUUUUUCCAAAAAAUAAACUUUCUAAAAUGCGAUUUUAAAAAUCCCUCUUUAUAAAGAGGCCUCAGGGCUGAAAUUUCACAUUAAAAUAAAUGUUGGUUUUAUUUUAAUACCGGGCUGGUGUGGAAGGUUGGUUUUAAGAACUGAGCAGAUUGUUUAAAUCAUAAGUCAAACAUAACGUUUUAAAUUAUGUUUUUAUUAAGGCUUUUAGAUUAAAAAGAGACAUUCUGUUAAACAUGAGAAGAUAAACUCCUUAUAUAACCUCUCAUAAUUCCUCACAGUAUUAUUUUUUGAGCAUAAAAUGUAAUAACUAUCAAAUAAUACAUAAUAAAUUUAGAGCAUUUCUCGGAUAUUUAUUACACAUUAUUAAGCAAGUAAAAUCAGGGAUUUUAGAAAAUUACAAAUCUAUGAGUAUUUCCUAAAAUGAGAAAAAAAUACAAAGUCAGGCAAUAUGUUUAUUUUGCUAACAUAGAUUUCAACCGUGAACAUUAUAAUACUGGAGCUCAGACUGAUGACUAGCACUGUUUUCUUCAUUAAUUCUAGUACAAAUAAUCUCAUAUAACUACUUUGUAGGGAAUUUUAAUUCUUAAUUUUAUGCUUAUUUUUAAGAAUUAUUACAUUUGAUAAUCAUAAAAUUGAAAUAGACUCAAACAUCACUCUCGAUGGAUUGCAAACUAUCUAGAAAUACACAUAAAAUAAAUGGUAUCUAUAAAGCAAUUUAUUUUCUUAUAACUACCCAAGUGACUACUGGAAUUUUUAACAAUAUGCAAAAACAGGUGUUGCUUAUAGGUUCAUCAAGAAAACAUAUUCAAUACCUAGCUUUAUUUAUAAAAUAUUUUGGGUAUAUUUAUAUUUGUAAGAUUGUAGAUAUAAUAAUUCACACAUUAGAAAAAUGCAUAAAAUAUGGUUAACUUGAAAUUUGUAUUUGGUUGUGUUCAUUGUUAAAUGCUUACUUUACAAUUACAUAAGCAAUAAUUGUUCUGUGGAAGUUGAACAUUCAAAUCUCCAUAAACUGUACUUUUCACUUGAUAUUUCAUAGCUCCAUCUUCUUCAACUUUUCCUAAUUCGGAAUAAUCAUUGAAAUAUUUUCCCUCCCCUAACUGUUCCAGCUUUGCUAUUGAUCAUCACUGAUUACUAUAUUCCAAUAUAAUGUGAUACAAUAAUAUGCCGUGGGAAUUCUUUGUGUGUUUUUUAUUAAAUUAAUGUUGUAGCUGCAGUGGGGAAAUAAUUGGGCAAUUU